UCCACCAGUACGAUGUCAUUAUUGAUGACGUUGACAAGAGCACCGUUGUGUCGUUCUUCCCUCCGUCCUUCCUCUUGCCCCCAUUGCUCCCCGCAUCACCCCCCAUUGCCAUGGUGGCUCAAGCGUGCUUUCCUGUCCCUGCCGUUGGCAAGUUUGCGUAAUACAUACGAAGUCAUUUCGAGUAUCUUAAGUUCCGCACGAUGGCGCGCACCCUGGCCGUGCUUGCGGCGCUGCUCGCCCUGCACGGCGCCUACGCGCUGCAGUUGGACGUGCAGGGCGGUGAGCUGAAGACGCAGGCCGCAGGCAACGCGGCUUCCAGUGCAGCAGGCAGCGAGGCCAGGGUGGGCGGAAUGCUCAUGGCGGACUCCUCUGGGGAGACGUUUUCCUCGGGGGGCCCCAUCGGCGGCUGGGUCACACUGCCGAUCGUCCUCGCCUUCGGCGUGCUGGCCUUCGCCGUGGGCGGCUUUGUUGGGCCCAUGGUGCCCGCCAAGAUGCUGCCGUACCUGGUGUGCGUGAUCUACAUCUGCUUCUCCGUGGCCAUCGACAUUUCCAUCGCGGUGCAGAAGAGAGGCGGAAGUGAGAGCAUCUCGUGCAUUGCUCAAAAAUGGGGCCUUCAGUGUCUCCGCGAACAUACAUAUCACGGCCCCUAGAGAAGUUCCCCAAGGAGGCCCACCCCCGGCCGCGACCCCGACUGCAGAUGGGGGGCCCGGCUUCCCCGCGCACAUCUCGGGGGCCCCGGCUCCCACGACCGAGGAGCCUCGACCACAAGUGGGAAGACCGGGGCGCCCCGCGCACCCUUCGGGAACCAUAGAUCGACGCCGAGGGCGAUCAGACAGCCGUCAGGACGAUCCACGGCAGCCUCGCGUCGUCCCAAGACGGCCUCCAGACGUUUCCGACGGCUCACUCGGCGCCUCCGGCGGGCCAAAUUGCCUCCCAGACGCCCCGAGGGUGGCUCCAGGAGGGCCCUCCAAGACGGUCUUCCCUAUGGACGCCUUCGCGGGCGGUGCCCUGGCCCCGAGCCAGUCCGAGCUCGUAAUCGUGCCCGUCAACUCUGUAGGAAAUUCCGAGGGUUCGCCGCAGUUCCAGCCGACGGGCCUCGCCCAGCGGCAGACCAGCGGCUCUUCGGCGUAGGCUUCGGCGGGGGCGGGACCCCACGAGACGGUGCCGCUGCAGCCGCACGCCCAGCACGCGCCGCACGCGCAGCGGGCUCAGCAGGGGCAGCCGCCGUUCUCCUCCAGCCAGCUGGGCCAGAUGGAGCCGGUGCAGCCAUCACUGGCGGCAGCAGCGUUGGGAGCAGGAAGUCGGAGAAACUGCGCCUACAGCAGACGAGGCUGACACAGCAGCAGUAGCUGCUGGAGCAGUGGUCGCAGAUGCGACCACGGCAGCGCCGGCGGCCUCAGCACCCGCAGCAGCAGGUGGGGUCUCGGCAGACGCUCCUGGAUAACGGCUACCGGGUC